CACUUCCUGAGGCCGAAGGUCAGAAAAGAGAGCGCAGGGCCUCAGCGCCGCGCAUGCACAAUUGUGCGCCAGGGCGCCAAGAUGUCGGGUUCCAAGUAUAAGCCGGCGCCCCUGGCUACUCUCCCAAGUUCCCUCGACCCCGCGGAGUACGACGUGUCUCCGGAGGUCCGGAAGGCGCAAGCCGAGCGGUUGAGUAUUCGGGCCAGGCUUAAGCGGGAGUAUCUGCUUCAGUACAACGACCCCAAGCGUCGAGUGCACAUCGAUGAUCCUGCCCUGACUCGUUGGACAUAUGCAAGAUCAGCAAAUGUCUAUCCUAAUUUCAGACCCACUCCCAAGAACUCACUUUUAGGGGCUGUGGUGGGAAUUGGGCCCCUCAUCUUCUGGUAUUACAUUUUCAAAAUAGAUAGGGAAAGAAAAGAAAAACUUAUCCAGGAAGGAAAAUUGGACCGAACAUUUAACCUCUCUUACUGAGUUUGGCAAGGAUGACUCUGUAUUCUUGAAUAAAUAAAUCUAUUAAUCACUGUA